UCUUUACGCUGCUUGCGUAAAGUACUUUAGAAUCUGCGUAUCCUGCCAGAUGCGCAUUGUACGGCCGUGUGACGGACGACGGUUUACAGUAUCUACUGCUCUUUACUGGAGUGAACCACUUGUGCCAAAGGAUGUUCUUGAUCAAGAAAGCCAUUGGGGGUGUUAUUGAUGUGAUCGGCAACAUCGACCCCAACCAGUUUGUGCCUUCAGAACCUCCUCCACCCCGCAGACCACUAGCUUAUGCUGCGUCCAAUGAGUCUGCGGAAGAGCAGCAGUUCCGCAAAGUCUUCCAGCAGCUCGCUGGCGAUGAUAUGGAAGUUAGCCCCACUGAACUGAUGAACAUCCUCAACAGAAUCAUCUCCAAACAUGGUGAUCUGAAGACAGAUGGCUUUAGCAUCGAGUCAUGUAGAAGUAUGGUGGCUGUCAUGGAUAGUGACAGCACAGGUAAACUGGGCUUCCAUGAGUUUAAACACCUCUGGAACAACAUCAAGAAAUGGCAGGCCAUUUAUAAGUCUUAUGACAGAGAUCAUUCAGGAACUAUUGGAGCAGACGAGCUUCCAGCUGCCUUCAGAGCUGCAGGUUUCCCGCUGACAGAUCAACUCUUUCAGAUGAUUAUUCGCAGAUAUAGCGAUGAAAGUGGAAACAUGGACUUUGACAAUUACAUCGGGUGCCUUGUCAGACUCGACGCCAUGUGCCAUGCCUUCAAGACUCUUGACAAAGACAAUGACGGUACAAUCAAGGUCAAUGUUCAGGAGUGGCUGCAGCUGACCAUGUACUCCUGAGUGAUGUGAAGGUCUGCAUGAUGUUGAUAAAGCAACUUAUGAUAUAUGCAAUAAUGACUCUGCUUUACACAGCACCCUUUUUAUUUUUCACACUGUAUCCAGCAUAUAGCAGCCAUUUUUUUAAAGAGACACCAGCAUUGAACUGGUUAUUCACUGGGACGGUUUCUCAUUACGGUUUUACUUUUACCAGUUUUAGUGCAUUUAGUUCGUUGUUAGAACUGUUCAACAGAAAACUAACCAAAGAAUGAGAAAUUAUGAGAGAUGUCAAAUUAUAUUAACAUAUUAUGCUCUGAUAAAGCAUCCAUGCGAAGAACAAUUACCUAAUAAAAUGUAUUACAUGUCAAUGUUGUCGGUUUUGGUGCCAUACUUGCAUUGAGCCAUUGGUGGAUGUUGGGAUAUCACCACAAAUGUAUCAUGAUCUGGUGUCAAGUGCAAUUUUAUAUUGAAUAAAAAUGCUGAACGUGAUAA